UUUUUCGAGCCUCAGCUGCAUCAUUAUCAAAGAACCCCUCGUCAAGGCCGCUUGGUUUAUACCAGCCAACCGUACAUGCCAGCAGUCGUUUCUCAAAAGUCGUAGAUUUGGGCCUAAGUUAGUCCGACUAACAGGAACUAUUUGUAAAAAAGAAGGUGGGAUGACUGAAAAUCACAUUUGUCUUAUUAGAAUUCCUUGACAUGGAAGUUGUUCUGCUGUGCAUAAUUUAUACAUUUAUAUUGUAUCCUAUAACACAAGGCUGUAAUGAUUCUGUGGAUACCGUGAAAUUCGUGGAUAAAUGUCCAGUCAACAACAAAGAAUGGACAGUCAGAGCUGCAGAUAAAGCGUGUCAUCUUGUCAAUCAAACAUGCACCUCACCUAGUAACUUCCAGUAUCACUGCCUAAUGAAUCCAUCGAGAGAUUCCUACAUAGAAGUCUGCGCUCCACCACGCAAUUUAAUAGGUGGUUUUUGUCCAGAAUUCAAUUUGCUUGGAUCACGGAUACAGAAUAACUAUAAAGAGGAUUCGGAUUGUAAACAAUUUUCACCUCCAUGUCCUGUAUAUUACAGAUCAACGGACGUUUACAAAUAUCAGGACUGUUUUACAUCUAUAAGUAAGACACAAACAACACAAAGCCCAAUAAACGAAAAAGACGUCAAGAAAAUGUCUACACUUAUCUACUCUCGUCCGACAGGGCCAGAGCCACUUGAAGAUAACACCUCUCUGACUUUACCUCUGGGGUUAGGGGUCGGAGGAGCCGUCAUUCUCAUCUCUGUUAUCAUCAUAAUCAUUGUCUUUGUAUUAAAAAGAGGUAAUUCAGCGACGCGGUCAACUGAGGAUACAAAGUAUAGCGUUGUAUAUUCUUCAGGCGAAAAAGAUCACGGAAACUGAUUUCAGAAUGGAGAAUGACAUCACUUUGUACUAUAUCUCUCCCA